CAAUAAAUAUCAAAUGUUUUUGUUGAAGAAAAUUGAGAACCCAAUUCUAAAGUUUGAAAAUUUUGAAGCGAUACGACCUGUUAAAAGCCCCCCACUGAAUAUUUUUUUUCGUUGCUGCAUUUCAUCAAAUGUUUACUCUAGUUUAACAAUGGCUAACAAUUCCCAUGCAGACGUUGUUUUAUUACCUCAAGCGGUUGAAGCAUUGAUAUCCAGAAUUUGCAACGAGCAGCAACAGCCACGACUUGGUUACUCAAUGAGGCAGGCAUUGGCUGAGGUAGGUGAAGAAGCAUCCCUAAGGAUUCUAGAGAAAAUCCAACGGACGGAGAUUCGUACUACGUUUGAUCGAUUCGUGAUGUAUAUGAUAAGAAACGAAUCAAACGGCAAUGGCUCUCCACAAAAACGAUCCAAUUCUGCUCAACUAAAUAGUAGCCCCUUUUAUUCUCCCUCCAAAACUUGCCGGCUUAUGAUGAACUCUCAAGCUUCAGUUACUCCUAUUCAGAGUUCUUCAGUAAAUGCUAAUAGAGAAGAAGGGUUUGGUCCACAGUCGGUAGCUACUCCUAUUCUGACUUCUUUAACAAAUGUUGGUAGAGAAGAAGUGUGUCCACAGUUGGUAGCUUUAGGGGAGCUUGAAUUUCGUAAAGCUUUUCUUAUUUUAAGUUACAGUGGACAGAAUAAGUUGGAAGAAGUAAUCACUGCUGAUCACAUUCAAAGUUUAAAGAAUUUGGGGAUGGAUGAGUUUGAAAAAGAGAUCUGGGAUUCCCUGGGUCAACGUUAUGCUCGAGCUGACCGUGUUAAGCUGCUUGAGUGGGAAGGAAAAACGACUGAGUAUCAUUGUCAUGUGCAAGAAAACGGGACAUAUAGGUUCAAGGGCCCUUAUUUUGAAAGGACUAGAAGUCAUUUGCAAAGGGUUUUAGGAGAUGAUAACGUUCUUUCUGUUAAGUUUGAAACAGAAGGUAAAAGUCCACUUGACAGUGGUUAUGUAGGGUUCAAAAAAGUUGCAAAAGAAGGAAUUCUUGUUGGUUUGCGCCGAUAUCGAUUUUUUGUAUUCAAGGACGGAGGUAAAGAAGCAAAAAAGAAAGACCGGAGUACCUCACCUGUCAAAUGCUUUUUUGUUAGAUUCGAGUCUAAUGCAGCCAUUGAUGAUGGUAAAGAAUAUGUUUUAUCCGGGAAAACAGUUCAAGAAGCCAGAAGUGUGUUUAUGCAUGUACAUACCCUACCGAGUAUGGCCAAGUACAUGGCCAGAUUUUCACUAAUCUUAUCUAAGACCAUGAAGUUGGAAGAUGACUUGUCCAACUUAAAUUUUAUGGUGGAAGGAGAUAUACCUUGCAAAGAUAAAGAUAAAAAGCCCGUUUAUAAAGAUGGAAAACUUUGUAUUCACUCUGAUGGGACUGGUUAUAUUUCAGAGGAUUUGGCAUUGAAAUGCCCAAAAGAUGUCUUCAAAGGAAGCAUUAUGAAUGGUGCCAAUGUUGAGAUUGGACCAAUUGGUGCAUUGCUGGGGGAGUCUCCAGACACAAUGCAGGCAGAUUCUUACCGUAGGGUACCGCCUUUGCUUAUCCAGAUCCGCUUCUUUUACAAAGGUUAUGCUGUUAAGGGAACUUUGCUUGUCAAUAAAAAGCUUCCACCCAGAACCAUUCAAGUACGGGAUUCCAUGGUUAAAGUUGAGCCAGAUUUGAAUCUAUCAAAUAUCUGCACUAGGAAUUCCUUGGAAGUAGUUACUACAAGUAACCAACCAAAGAGAACUAGUCUUUCUAAGAAUUUGAUUAUGCUCCUUAGCUGUGGAGGUGUCCCAGACAAUUUUUUUAUGGACCUAUUGAAGAAUGCUUUAGAAGAGUCACAGGGUGCUUUCUCCAACAAGCGAACAGCUCUCAGAGUUGCUCUUAACCGUGGUGGCUUGGAUGAGCUUUUGGCUGCAAAAAUGAUUUUAUCAGGGAUUCCUCUUGAUGAAUCAUAUUUACAAUAUCGGAUGUCUAUAAUGUUGAAUGAGGAUAGGAAGGGUCUCCUCAGUGGAAAACUCCCUAUAACCGACUCUUAUCAUCUAAUGGGUACUGUAGAUCCAUCUGGAGUCUUAGAAAGUGACGAAGUCAGCAUCAUCUUGGAUAAUGGGCAGAUUUCUGGAAAAGUGCUUGUGUACCGCCAUCCUGGUGUACAUUUUGGAGAUAUUCAUAUUCUCACUGCUAGAUAUGUUAAAGAAUUGGAUGAAUAUGUAGGUCAUGCCAAGUAUGCCAUAUUCUUUCCUUCCAAUGGCCCACGCUCUUUGGCUGAUGAGAUGGCUGGAGGUGAUUUUGAUGGUGAUAUGUUCUUCGUAUCAAAAAAUCCACAGUUAUUGGAUUACUUCAAAGUCAGUGAGCCCUGGACAGAAAAUUGUACUACUCCUGAAGGUCCCAGUCGGCGGCCCAGUGAAUUUUCAGAUGAGGAGUUGGAGAGUGAGCUCUUUGAAUCAUUCUUGAAAACUAGGUUCCAGCCAAGUUAUGCUAUGGGUAUGGCAGCAGAUAAUUGGUCUGCUAUAAUGGACCGCUUUCUUACUGUUGAAGAUAGUAACUCAUCUGAGAAAACUCUUAUGAAAGAAAACCUGAAAAAGCUGAUUGAUUUAUACUAUGAAGCUUUGGAUGCACCAAAGACGGGAAAGAAGGUCAUUGUUCCGGAAGAGUUGAGAGUAGCUGUAUUUCCUCAUUAUAUGGAACGGGAAAAUUCAUUUAAGUCGACUUCGAUACUGGGGAAGAUUUAUGAUCAUGUCAAAGCAUAUCAAGAAGAAGUAUCAAGGAAAGAAGUUCAAAAGCUCCCUUGUUUCAACGUUGAGGUCUCUGAAGAAUGCCGUUCUAAAUGGACAGUACUUUACGAGCAAUACAGGAAAGACAUGACUUAUGUCCUGAACAGCAGUAACAAAGAAAAAAAUGAUGCAGCUGCUAAUGCACUUUAUGACGUGUACAAAAAGGUAUUGUAUGGAGGUGCAGAGUUGGUAGAGAGACAAAGACCAAUGAACCAAAUCAGUGAGGAAGCUCUUGCCAUUUACAACAUUUGCUAUGAAUAUGCCAUAAAAAAGGACGAUGUUGGCAAAUGUGGGUUCGCUUGGAAAGUUGCUGGCUCAGCCCUUUUGAAUCUGCAUGUCUUGGGGCUGGGUGAAAAGACACUCUCAUGUGCUCCAUCAGUGUUGAAAGAACUUUUCUCGUGAACUAAUAAUGUUGUAUGUAAUAAUAAUAGCUUUAAGUGUUUUGCAAUUAUGAGCUUAAUUUGAAAUUUAAUUGUGUAUGUGUGUAUGUAUAUAUACUAUGUAGUUUGUCUCCCUUAUGGGUCUUCAAUACUUUAAAAAUCAAUAUAUUGUGUGUUUUUUCCCUAAAA